CUUGAGGGUGAAGCAGACAUUUGACCAAAUAGUUGUAUACAGCAAGUGAAGCUUUAGGACAGAGGAAUAGUGUUUAAAUUUAUUUAGGGAGCAUCAAUGAAAAAAUCAGAGAGAGAGAGAGAGAGAGAGAUGCAUGCAUUGGACCCUACCUGAAAGAUGAACUUCAUGCCAGGGAAGAGAGUGGGGGAGAGCACCACAGGCGGAGGCGAUGACACGUGUACACUGCAGCGCAAGGAAGUGGAAGGACAGCUGUGUAAAUGAGUAUGGAAGAUUAUGAUUUCCUGUUUAAAAUUGUUUUAAUUGGCAAUGCCGGUGUGGGGAAGACGUGCCUAGUCCGACGGUUCACUCAGGGUCUUUUCCCCCCAGGUCAAGGAGCCACAAUUGGAGUUGACUUUAUGAUUAAGACAGUGGAGAUUAAUGGUGAAAAAGUGAAGCUGCAGAUCUGGGACACAGCAGGUCAAGAGAGAUUUCGAUCCAUUACCCAGAGUUAUUACCGAAGCGCCAAUGCCCUGAUCCUCACCUAUGAUAUAACCUGCGAGGAAUCUUUCCGCUGCCUUCCUGAGUGGUUGCGGGAGAUAGAACAAUAUGCCAGCAACAAGGUCAUUACUGUGUUAGUGGGCAACAAGAUUGAUCUGGCUGAAAGGAGAGAGGUUUCCCAGCAGAGAGCGGAAGAAUUCUCAGAAGCUCAGGACAUGUACUAUUUGGAGACCUCAGCCAAGGAAUCAGACAACGUGGAGAAACUCUUCCUUGACUUAGCUUGCCGCCUCAUCAGCGAAGCCAGGCAGAACACACUUGUGAACAAUGUAUCCUCGCCCUUACCUGGAGAAGGGAAAAGCAUCAGCUAUUUGACUUGCUGUAAUUUCAACUAAAGGCGGAGGCAAGAAGCAGCAAAAAGAACCAGCAGCUGCCCUGAUGGGUUACGAAUUGCUGGGGAGACCUGGCGAUCCCCGUGGCUCCUGCUCUCGGACCCUCUGUGGGUGCCUGAACUUACAAAGCACGGCAGGCCCGGGGCCUCGUCCACAGGCCAGCGUUAGCAGAAUAUAUACUGGUUUCACCCUUUUGCGGGCUGGAGUCAGAGCAAGGAGAACAUUGUACUUGGGGCUCCAUGAUCUGCAGAGCAUGUUGCUUUUUUUUUUUUUUUUUAAAGCAAGUAAAGGCGCAUUCCUGAACACAGUCCGGGGGGGGGACUGUAUGUAGGGAUCCCCCUGCACGCCAGUGGGUGCAUGUGGGGGCUGUUCUUUAGGGCUUCUGGGAGCCCAGGUUUUCUUGUCUACUGGAUAAACCAAAACUGGAAAGGCCAAGUACUGCCUCUGUGGUGCGUGUUGUGACUCCAUGGAGAAUUUCAAAAGUGUUAUUUCUCUUAUCCACAGGCACUUUCAAGAACUUUGGGAUGUAAAAAAUGAAAUGAAACCUUUACCCAUGACCAAUAAUAACAAUCAUUGUUUUAAUAAUCUAUAUGCUCCAUGACUCCUUUUGGUGCUAAAGAUUCUGCUCUUUUACAGACCAAACAUUUUAGUACAUUGAUGUCCUUAAAUGUAUUAAAUAGAAAUUUAAAAAAAAAAGCAGGGGGCAGUCCAUGAAUCAGCACUCUUUCUCAAAGUCUCAUUAUUACCUUUUCUAGGGUGGAUUUAUUGGCAAAGUAAUCCUUUUCCCUUCCUAUCCCCUCUAAAUUUCAACCAUUUUCUUUUAUUCUCUCAUCUUUCCUACCCGUAAGCAAAUGAAAAGUUUGAAAAAUGGGGGAAAUGAAUGGCUGAGGAUACGCUAACUUAAAAGAUUAGCUCUAAGACAUUGGGAGUAGUAUGAGAAAACAGGCCAGACCUGACCAGAAUACCGUGGGACAAUGGAACUGAGGUGCAGCAGUCCAAGCUGAGCACGGUCCUUGAGAGCCCGUCACGACUUUUACUCCUGGUAUAUCCAUCUUGGACAGACGCAGGAUUUUGUAGGUGUUUUUAGUAUAAGUGAGAAUAGCAAGAGAUGUAAAGUCUCAUGAACCAUAUUUGUAUUUUUGCUGAUAACCUUAGACAAAUUCUGCUCAUGGAAGGUAAAACUGUCAUUUGUCACUUUCUCAAGCUCAUUACUUAUGUUCUGUUUCUUUUUUCUCUUCCUUCUUUCCUGGUUUUGCCCUUCUUUCUACCUGUCUUUCCUCCCUGCCUUUUCUGGACGGGUUACUGCCAAUCUCCAAUUCCAAUGGAGGUGGGUGUUUAGCCAGUCUUAAAACAGGACUCAAAAUAGACAACGUGCUGCUUGUUUAUGUUACUGCUUUUUUAGUGCCAUCCUUUGAUACUGUCUAAUAUAAAUGCUGAUUCAGAAAAUAAUUAAACCUGUAUGCUGUUGAAGCUGUCAGAUGUUUCUGUAGCUUUCUGUAGCAUAACUGAGGGAUGAGCAAUAGAACAAGCAUAUGAUAUGUGAUUCCACUGCUGCUGUGGAUGGUGGCGAUCUUGAUCCUGUUAUAUUGAUGUUUGAAAACUAUUUAACUAUUUAAUUUUAAAGAAACGAGGCAUGUUAAGAGACAAUAUUGACAAAGCAUUUGUUGCACUUCUCUAGCAGGUUUCAGAGUGACCAGUCUUUUGCUCAUGGGAAUUAUUGUUGAAGGGACUGAUACUUUGGGUGGGGCUUGCUGUGUUUGUUCUGAUCCUAUGGGGAAGAGUAAGAGAUCCCUGAAGUUUAAAUUGCCUUUAUUUUAGAACCCGUCUCUACAGGAAAGAAAAAUCAUUUUAGUAAAUUCCAGCCAAAAUUUAUAAUGGUUGCCACUAAACCAGUCACUAAAGGUACUCAGAUAACAAGUCUAAGUUGCGCAGAGGAACUCUUUUUAAACUGUAGAAAAAUUUCCCCUAAGUUUAGCUUUAUUAUCUUUCAUUUAGGGCCCAAAUCCAAUUACCCCAGCAUGUCAUGACCCAACUUUGUCUCACAGCAGCAAGUGUCUUGAAAAUAAAAUUGCUCUGUAAACUUAGAGGAAAGGAUUUUGUUAGAUUCGAUAAAAUGUAGUAGCAAAAUAAGAGCUUCUAGUUCCAUACUUGCAUUCUGAAAUUCCUAUUCCCUGGGCCUCAGCCACCGCUAUUUAUCCUUGACCAGAUGCAGAAGGGGAUUCAAAAGCUCUGCUCUUGGCCCCUUUAUCCAAUUACUCCUCCCAGCCUUUCUGUAAUAUACAAUCACCCCUCCAUGGCCCAUUAGCAGGCCGCAUGAGAAUGUAGGGAUAUUUUCCUUACUUUUUUUCCCCCUUAGAUAUUGAAUUCCAGAUUAGGCCAUAUACUCACUGAGGUAUCUCAAGUUUGAGAAUAAUUCCUGACAGUAUUGUAGGUGCUUAAUAAAUAUUAGUUGAAUAAAUGACUUAGUGCCAAGAAGAGCUUCUCCAAUUAAAUAGCAAUUCACAAAUAGAACUUGUUUAAGGAGAUCCCUGAAGUUUAAAUUGCCUGGUCAUUAAAUCUGGUCAUUUUAACCCAGCCUAGAACUUAAUCAUACUGACUUGCCUCCUAGUUCUAUUGUUUUGGUAGUAUUUACUAAGAAGCACUUUCUUAAAUAAAAAUUCUCAUUUAUUGGUAGAUGAAAAAGCGAGUUGCUUUCUCAUAAUUCAGCUUCACUUGGUCGGACUAAUGAGAAUAUGAGUCCAUGUCUGCUUCCAUUUUUGGUGGUUUUUUUUUUAAUUCUUUUAAUAAAGUUACUAAAUAGAUGACAAAACCUCUUUCAAGUUCCAGUGAAAAUGCAUCAUAUUCAUGUCAUGGAGCCGGGUUUGGGGCAACCUAUGAAAUCAUGUAAUUUGCUGAUAAAAUGUUUUAUUAUGACAUUGUGUAGACUGUGCCCUCACAGGUGGUUGUGCUUUCACCUUUGUCUAUGCAAAAUAUUUUACUCCUUUACGUGCUUUUGUUACACCUGUUGGAUUAUGUUAACAUUUAAUUUUAAUUAUAUACAGCCAUUUCUCCUUUCUGUGGAAUACUUAGGUCAUUGACUUUUCCUGAUCUUCCUUUCCCCAUAUCUUUUAGCCACCUCAUGUUAGUAGUUCUCCUUCAGUAAAGUGGCAAGAAAAGAAGUAAAAAUAGCAGUGAAAUGGGUUGAUUUGACAAUGUGCCCAGUUUUGAUUUAGAGUUUGGUAAGAAAGGUAAAAUUCACUGACCAAAUAAGCUAUUAGGACUAAUAUUAUUUAUGUUAAGCACUUUAGACAUGUUGGAGGGAGGAGGCACAGUUUAAUGAAGGUCUGAAUUCUUCUUUCUUCUGUUCUUGAACGAAUGGUGUUGAAAGACACUGGUGACGUCCAGUGUUAGAGCAAUGAGUUGACUCAUUUACCCUUUAAGCUAUUCCAUGAUCCGUCCAGAUCCAGCAUCAGCUUUCAGUAAAAUAAUAAUUCUGAAUAAAUACCACUUGUGAGUGAUUUUGAAUUGGUCUUCUGAUUAAAGUGAAAACAUCCUUUUUAAAAAACCAAGCCACAUGAAUGAGAUCUAUCUUCUUACAACCAGGAAAAAAUUGCUUAAUUUUUUCCACAUAUCGAGCCAAUGAUUUUAAAGGGAGAAGUUUUCUGUUUCUUAAUCCUGUAGAGCUUUGUAGACUGUAUUUUGUGGACAUAAGUACUCUGGGGGCCUCUGUCCUGUUAGCCUCUGGAAGAGCUCUUCUGGGCUUGACAUUUCUUUCUUUCUAGAUUUAUUUUUUUAAACUGCAACUGGUUACUUACAUUCCUCAACCAUGGCCCUGACAGGAGUUAUGUGUGUGUAUGUUUAUUUUUUCUAUUUAAUUGGCUUCAUUUAAUGAUUCAUGAAUUGGACAGCAUCUCAACUAGGUGCUCCCCUGACAAUCAAAAGAAAUGAAGAAACUUGUAAUUCAUCAUUCAGACAAAAUGUGCUCACAUAGUCAGUAUAGUUGGCCACUAAUUUGGGAUUAAAAUAAUGAUUUUUUUUCUUUUUUGGAUAUCACUUCUGUGACAGGAGCCUAUUGAUGUUUGGAAGGAAAGCUGCCUUCUCUUGUAUUUUUCACCCUGGGUAGAAAGCGUACUGAAUUAAGAGAUUAUUCCUUCAAACAGAUAAUAUAGUAAUUUCAUAACAAGGGAGAUGACAUUUUAUCUUCUUUUUUAAGUCCAAAUGUUGGAAUAUUGCAUUUUAGGAGCCAAACUUGGAAACUAAACGCAUAUUGUUAUCAAAGAUGGUGAAGGAAUUUAAAUUUUAAGACAUUUGAAGAAUAUUUGAAGAAUUGGGGAGAUUUCACCUGGGAAAGAGAGGACUACAAUUAGUACAUUGGAGCAAGAUACUGUGGGUCAAGGUGUGGAUGAGACCCAAUGAAUAGAGGUCACAGGUUUGGGCUCUAUAUCAGGGAGGACUUUCUCCCCAAGUUGGUUCAUCAUGGACAGGGGCCUCAGGUAAUAGUCUGUGUCCAACACAGGCUAGGUAGGAACUUGGCGAAGAUGAUGUGGAAAGGAUCCCAGUGUUUGUUGGGGGUUACACCAACUUACUGACUUAAAAUUCUGUUACAGCACUUUGCCCCUCAUCACCUACUAGAUGUCUGUUACCCACAGUUAGUUUUUUUAAGGUUCUGCUCUUCUAUCAAAAGUGUAUCCCACCUUCCAUAGAAAGGCUAUUGGCUAGGUGCUCUUAGCUCAAAACACUGGGGUUGCUUUGUCAGUACGCUCAUUCAUGUCUUAUUGAAAUUUUGAGUUAAAAUUUUUAAAGAGGUAUUGUUUUAGUAAGUUACAUAAAAAUCACAGGAAUUAUUCAUUAAUACAAAAUUGCCAAAAAUAAACCAUAUUUAGUUAAGUGAAUAAUUGUGUUUUUAGGACUUCAGGAUAGGCCUUUUUAGCCUAAAGAGAACAGACUUUUCAGUUAAAGAUUCCAUAAAUAUAGUGGCAUGAAGUUUUUCAGCUCCUAUAUCAGAUAUGGGCUGGUGGAUCACUAGCAUAAAGUAGUCCCCAACAUCUAUUUUGGACACUUCUUAUAUGACACUUGAUUUGUUAGUUUCAUUAUCUUGAAAAAACAUGAUCUGAAAACGAUUUUAGCAGAACUGAGGCCAAAUUGCUCAUGUAGAAAGGAACAAAACACCCAUCUUUGAAAUUAGAGAUAACUGUAAGCAAUACUUGCAAAUAAGAUAGAUGCCCAAAUGAUUCCAUUUGCAAAAUAAUUUGCAUCCUUGGUAGACUUACAGAUGGCUCUUUGUCUAAAAAAAAAAUCAUUGGUUUUACUUGGUGAGAAAUACAAGUUUGAGUGAGACCUUCUUGGAAUUCUUUGGAUAAGAGGAGAACAAAAACUAGUCACCUCUUCUUUAAUUGACUUCCUGUGGUGGUUGAGUCAAAAUUUCCCUUUUCCACUAAGUAAAGCAGAACUUUCUGAGAUGUUAUAUUCUAGUCCCUGAUGGACUCCUUGAUGGGCUGUGACUGACACUUGAUGUAGUGAGGUGGAGAAGGGAAACACUUGGCAUUGCCAUGAAGUAGUUGUGACUUAUGCAAAGUGCAAUCUCUUGAACACCAGUUGUCUAUGUUAUAGAAUCAUAACAACUGUCAGUUAUUGUUAAAACUAGAUAAAUGGAAAGAUAGUAAAGUGCUUGGUAAACAGCAUGCAAAUACUACUUUUCUUCUCAAUUAAAAGCAGACUUUGGAGAGCCUUGUCAAGUAUAGAUCCUUAGGACAAAACAAAGGAUUCUUUUUGACUUCAAAGUAAAGAGCUGCAUUUCUGAAGAGCCUUAAAAGGAAUUCUCUCAUUUGAUCCAUUCUUCUGCCUUUGGGCAUUACUGUUCCCCAAGAGACUCUUCACUUCUGUGCAGACGUCAGGAAAGAUAUUCAUUUUCUCUCUUUCCCAAUAGGCACUUCCAGAGUUGUGAAACUCUUCAUUAUCAGGAAACUUACCCUUAUUACUGAAAUACCUCAGAGUGCAAUUUAAACCUCUUUGUUCUUGAUUCCAACUGUCCAUGUGAACGAAAAUGGGUUGAUCUUAUCUUACUUUUGAGGGGUCAUGUUUGCCAUUUAUUAUUGACCUUUUGCCUCUUUAAAAAAAAUGUCAGGAAAAGCUCAGUAAGGUGAUAAUCAUUAUUCCCUUGGGGAAUAUCAGCAUAGGCAUUUAUAAACUCUUAGCUCCUAAUUGGUAUUUGAUUUAUAUCUUAAUUUUACUGUUGAUUAACUUUUCAAUUAUACAUGUAUUUUUCUUUGUUAGCUAUAAUUGAUAACAGUGUGCUUCUGAAGAAUUCUUCUGGUUGUGGCUUGUGUUUCCUCCUUAAUAAAAAUGGAGUCAUGAACCCCAGAUCUGUUAUUUGCUUCUAGAAUUUAUGACGUUAGUGGAUGAACUUUAUUACCAACAACCAAAUUAAGCAAAGGUUCCUUCCCCUUUCUAUGUGUGCACUAAGUGCUGAAAUAAAAAUUGGAGUACCAAAUGCCUAAUAAAGAAAGAAUUCAUGUACAGAAUGACAGAAGAUAAGAAUCUGGUCUGUUAGGAAAAUUUGUCCCUAGUUGGUACACAGUUUUUGUUUAAGGUUACACAGCUAUGCUUGGAUUAAAUACCAAUAGCAAAACUUGAUAAGCCCUUUGAAAAAUAGCUGCUAAAUAUAUUGCUUUCUGGAGUGUAAUCAUUAGAAAUAAAUAUUCUCUUGUCCUAUAUAAUUGCAGAGUGCUAGUGGAAUUUUCUUGUAGGCUAUUAAAAAUGAAUGUUAGUUGAUUCAUUAAAUUUUUUUAAUCCUCUUAUCCCUUUAAGGCGUGUUGGGACUUUAUGUCCCUGUUGUAGAAAAUUUCAAAUGACAUUGGAAUGCUGGCUUCUAAUUUCUGCUCACUGCAGUGUCCUCUAAAUAUACCAGGUGGUUGGAGCGCUUUUGAUGAUAGGUAAAGGAGAUACAUAAUAAUGUAUUUGGAUUAGUGUGUGAGUAAAGUUGCUGUUUUCAGCAAAAAAAAUUUUUGAAAUUUCAGAUAAGGGUUAAGAAGAGAUUUUUGAUAAAAAGAAAAAGUGUGCCCCAUAUAUAUUAUUGCACACACUUUAAUGCAUGAUUUUUAGUAUAGGGAUGAAAUAAACUGAAAAAUAUAUAAUUUCGGAGGUCUUCUCGGCAGCUAGUUAAAAUAUUUAGAGAAGCUGUUUCAUGAAGACAGAGAAUCCUGGAUUUCCCUUUCCCUAUCUCUUUCCAUUAAAACAUGGAUCUUUAAUGUACACAGUUUUAACAAAAAUGUUAAUUAUCAAAUUUUAUAAACUCAGUUCUUAACAUUUGGCUGUUGGUUGUAAGCAUAGGCUCCCAGCAAUAUCUGAAUACCCCAGUAUAUAAAAUCCAGCUUCAGUACAAGCAUAAAACUGAUUUUAAAUGCUCAUAUGCAGACAUUAACAGUGCACUCUAUUAUGCUUCAUGUGUUCACAUUGUUUUUCGAUGUUGGAAAUAUAAGCCCAUGAUGAUAUGAAUGGAAUUAGAUGAAAGAAAAUAUUCUGUAGGAAGAGGGUUGUAUGGGGAGAGGGAAUGAUAAUGAAACAAAGUAUUUUUAAAUGAGGUGACAGCUCUCCUUUAAAAGAUGGAUAUAAUUUACACUACCAUUUACCCCUUCAAAGUGUAAAAUUCGGUGUUUUUUCCCCAUAUUUUCAAGAAGUUGUACAAGAUCACCACUUUCUCCAGAACAUUUUCAUCAUUUCAAAAGGAAACUCUGAACCAAUUGUCACUCCUCCUUCCUCUUCUCCCAGCAUAUGGCAAUCACUCAUCUACUUUCAGUUUCUAUAGAUGUGCCUAUGUUGGGCAUUUCAUAUAAAUAGAAAUGUGCUAUUUUUGUGUCUGGCUUCUUUUACUUUGCAUAAUGUUUUCACAUUUCAAGUAGCUCUAAUCAAUGCAUUUUUUUCUUUAUGGCAAAAUAAUUUUACAUUGUAUGUAUACACUAUAUUCUAUUUUCCAAUGAUCAUUUGGUGGACAUUUGGAUUGCUUCCACCUUUGGGCUAUUAUGAACGAUGCUGCUGUGAAUAUUUGUGUUCUGGUUCUCUGUGUAGGCAUAUGUUUUCACAUCUCUCUUAAAAUCAAUUAGUUUAGCAAAUCAAGUCAUCUGUGUUCAUUUAAGCAGACCCUUUUAAAAGCCUACUUAGGGAAUGCAAUUUAUAAUCUUAGAUUGACUGGUUAAUUAAGAGGUCCUUGAAUAAUGACUAAUUCCCUCGGAUGUCCAUAAGAAUUUUUUAAUGAUAAUCAAUUUCAUAAACACUGCUUUGGUCUUGUAGAAAUUGAGCUGUCAUCACAUUGAGAAUUCCUAACAUCCUCUGCAUUGUUUUAAAGGACAGCUAGAAACCAUGUUGGAGAGGAGCCCUCAUUAUGUCUCCGAGGAUUGAAUGAAGGAGCAUUUUUAAUAUACAAUUUCUUUUAUAUAUAGACUGCCUUUUAAAGUUUGGAUUUUCCUUCUUGAAAAAAGAUUGUUAAAUCGCCAAACCACCUGUCUAUUGUAGCUUAAGUUUUUAUUAUUAAGAAAUAAUUCAUACUGAGAGUCAAAGUAAAAAGAAUGUAUUUUGUGUGCAAAGGAUGAAUGUAUUAAUAACUUUUUAUUUGUAACAAAAAAUUUUUAAAAAGAUGAAUGAAAUUGUUUUCCCAUGUACUUGUAUAUAAAUAAACAUUUCCUGUUGCCCACAUUUGGAGGCUACUAUGCUAUUAAAGUAUGUAAAA